AUGCAUCUGGAAGCUGUGCUCAUUAGUCUAGAAGCUGUGCUCAUUAGUCUGGAAGCUGUGCUCAUUAGUCUGGAAGCUGUGCUCAUUAGUCUGGAAGCUGUGCUCAUUAGUCUGGAAGCUGUGCUCAUUAGUGUGGAAGCUGUGCUCAUUAGUCUGGAAGCUGUGCUCAUUAGUCUGGAAGCUGUGCUCAUUAGUCUGGAAGCUGUGCUCAUUAGUCUGGAAGCUGUGCUCAUUAGCCUCCAUUCUGGAGGGCUGUUUGACUCGAACGAGAGACAAGAGGUGGCCUUCCGCUACGCUGUUGACGCUAUUAACAGUGACAGGACACUAAUGGCUCACACACGUCUCUCUGCCCAAAUAGAAGAAAUUCCUCCAAACGAUUCCUUCAAAGGGUCUAGGAAAGUGUGUUCACUGCUCAAUACUGGAGUUGCAGCUAUCUUCGGACCUCAGUCCGGCCAAACUUCUGACCACGUUCAGUCCAUCUGUGACGCGCUGGAGAUACCUCACAUAGAAAACCGAUGGGACUUCAGGCUUUCCCGAGACGCUUAUUCCGUCAAUCUAUAUCCCCAUCCAUCAACUUUAUCAAAGGUCAUGCAUCCUUCAAUGCACUACUGGAACAUGACCGCAUGA